AUGGCCGACCCUGACAACUUCCGCGUCCACUCCAUCGACCACAUCAAGAAGCUUCCCGACGCGGACAAGGCGCGUGCCAUCCUCGAGGACUGUGCGCGCCACAUCAGGCCGCUGCUACAGGCCCGCCGCUUCCCGCAGCCGCGCUGCUCCGUCCGCAGUGCGUUUGCCAGCGCUCGCGACCGCGCCGCGACCGCCUCGCAGGCACGUCGCUGGCGCGUGCUCAAGCUGUACGAGAUCUGCUGUUGCACCGCGGGCGGGAAGAACCUCGGCGUGGGCGGCUUCUGCUGCCCCGCCGGCGACGGCGUCACCUCGCUGCGGAUUGCGAUCCGGCUCCGCACGCCCGGACACGGGCCGCAGGCGGAUGAGUGGGGCGCGCACAGCCUGCGCGACCUCGAUCACGCGAUGAAGGUGCUCAUCCACGAGGUGUCGCACAUCGUGCACGGCAACCACUCGGCCGCGUUUUACACGCUGAUGGCCGAGCUGACGAGGCAGUACGAGACGUACCUCCAGAAGGGGCAGGUCCUGGACGAGGCGGGCAUGCCGCUCACCGGAGGGCGAAAGGCGGACGCCUCUCGCCACAACCCGUCCCUGCGCGAGGCGCGACUCGCCGCCCUCGGGGCGGCCGAGGCGCGCGCGCGGACUGGCGCGAUUCUGGGCGGAGGGGGCAGGCUCGGCGGAGGAGGAGUCGGAGUCGGAGGCGGAGGCGGCGGCGGCGGCGGCGGCGGCGGCGGAGGCGGCGGAGGAGGAGGAGGUGGCGGAGGAGGAGGCGGAGGAGGAGGCGGCGGGGCCGUCGGCGGCGGCGGGUCGUCGUCUUCAUGGCGGGACGCGGCGCCGGGCUUGAUGGCUGCGCGGGCGGCGGAGGAGCGCGCGCGCGCGUGGGACGUGGCGAACGGGCUCGAGGAGCUGGAGCUGGCGGCGGCGAGGGAGGCGCAGGCGGCGGGCGGCGAGGCGGGCGGCGCCGCGGGGAGCAGCGGCGAGGCGAGCGGGGGCAGCAGCGGCACUUGCGACAUGUGCGACGCGCCCCGGCCGCAGGCCUCGGGGCAAGGUGGCACGGCCCCGCGCCGGCCUGUGGAUCGCGCCUUGCCAGCUGCGGGCGCGGCGCUCGACGGCUGGGCUUGCAAGACGUGCACGCUUCGCAACGAAAAGGCCGAGUCGCACUGCGUCGCGUGCGGACAGUGGCGCUACUCGACCGGCCCGCCAGAGAUCACGCGCUUCACGGGCGGCGGCAGCGCCACGUGA